AUCUUUCUACCCACUUCACUUCGUCUCGUCUUGGCCAAGCAUUUCGACCAAAAGCCAAGCUAUUCGUACGCCAGCAGAGAAGAAAAAGGGUCCUUUUCCUCUUUCUACCUCUGCCUCACUUCUACAACCAAUACCAAUCAACUAUCUAAACCACCCCCCAAACACUCUUCAUUUGUCUCUCUCGCCUGCACAACUGGGAUUUCCAAAUUCGUCACCGAGAUCUUGCGAGAACGAACCGUCGCCUACGCCUGCGACAACAUCAACAAGACCACCUUACCCGCGAUUCACGACAAGAUGGACCUCAAUUUCCAACUUGCCGCCCGUCAGGUUUCUGCCUGUGCUCUUUAG